AUGGAAAAUGGACACCCACAAGACAAAGAGGAGCCGAACAAAGGCCAAGAAGAGGAGGGGAAUAGUCUGGAUUGGCUCCUUGGAAAAGACAGCUCAGAGAUCAUUCCUGCACCUAUGGACACCAACGUUUUACUGUCUGGACAAAAGCGUUCCAGUGUUGACAACAUAUGCGUUAAAGUAUUCACCAGGGAGAGAGUCUUUGAAGCAGUUUCCCAGGGGGACACAAGUCAACUUAAUGGCCUGCUCAACUACCUGCGAGUUAAUGAUAAGCAACUUACAAGCCCAGAAUAUGAAACAAAUGGGAAGACGGCUCUCCUGAAAGCGUUGCUGAAUCUAAAAGAUGGUAAAAAUGAUACCAUUGAAAUACUCCUUGGCAUAGCAGAGGAGACCGGAGAUUUAGAAAAUUUAAUCAACGCGUCUUACAAAGAUUCUUGCUACAAAGGUCAGACAGCCUUGCAUGUUGCCAUUGAAAGGAGGAGCUUUGACCAUGUGAAACUGCUGGUCCAGAAAGGAGCAGAUGUGCAGGCCAAAGCCAAUGGGAGGUUCUUCCAGCAUAAUGCAGGACUGGGCUUUUAUUUUGGAGAACUUCCACUGUCACUGGCUGCCUGCACCAACCAGCCUGAUAUUGUGUCUUUCCUAAUGGAUAACCCUCACAGAGGAGCUGACCUGACUGACAAGGACUCACAAGGAAACACUGUCUUGCACACCUUGGUGGUCAUAGCAGACAACACAAAAGAAAACACAGAUAUGGUUGCAAGGAUGUAUGACGAGAUCCUCAUUCUGCACCACAAACUGGAGAAAACAACAAAGGUCAAGCUGGAAGCUAUUGAAAAUGAUCAGGGGUUGACUCCUCUGAAGUUAGCAGCCAAGCUUGGAAAGAUUGGGCUGUUCAGGCACAUUUUGCAGCGGGAAUUUGUGGAUGAGGAGAUGAGGCCGCUGUCCAGGAAGUUACCAGAAUGGGUCUAUGGACCUGUUCACUCCUCACUUUAUGAUAUGAGUUCCAUCGACACCAACGAAGACAACUCUGUGUUGGAGAUAGUCGUCUUUGGGAGUGAAAUUCCGAAUCGUACUGAGAUGCUGCAGAUCGAGCCUCUUCACAGUCUUCUCGAGGAUAAAUGGGACAGGUUUGCUUCCAAACUAUUCUUGAUGAAUUUUUUGGUGUAUCUGAUAUACCUGAUCACCUUCACCACUGUGGCCUUCUACAGAAAGGAGGGACAGCCACCGUUUCCCGUUGAAAACACCCCGGUUGACCACCUCCGCUGCAUGGGUGAGCUCAUCAGUGUCCUUGGAGCAGCGUGGUUUUUCUAUAAAGCGAUAGUUAUUUUCAAGAGGAACCCCCCAAACUUCAAGGCUCUGUACACGGAUGGAUUCUGUGACAUUCUGUUUUUCCUGCAGGCGACACUCCUCCUGAUCUGCGCAAUUUUGUACAGCUGUGGGCGGAGAGAGUAUGUUGGACUCCUUGUGCUCUCACUGGCUCUUGCCUGGAUCAAUGUCCUUUACUACUCAAGAGGAUCUAAACAAAUGGGGAUGUACAGUGUCAUGAUGCAAAGGAUGAUCCUGGGUGAUCUGUUACACUUCUUAUGUGUCUAUGGUGUCUUGCUCUUUGGAUUUUCUGCAGCUAUUGUUGCACUCAUAGAAGACUCCGCUCCAACUCUGGCCGAUGGCACACCGGCACAUGGAAGGAGCUUUGCUGCCGAUACAUUCAAGUGCAAGAAGCCAAGUUACAACGACAUCCGCUUUACGACACUGGAAUUGUUCAAGUUCACUAUUGGAAUGGGAGAUCUGGAGUUCACCGACCACGUUCAGUAUAAGGAGGUUUUCUACAUCCUGCUCAUUUUGUACAUAGUCCUCACUUACAUCCUGCUGCUCAACAUGCUCAUAGCCCUGAUGGGCAACACAGUUGAACGAAUCUCCAAAGAAAGUGAAAACAUCUGGAACCUGCAGAGAGCCUUUACAAUUUUGGACAUGGAGAGGACUCUGCCGAGGGGCCUGAAAAGUAAACUGUACUCAGGAGUGUCAAAGAUGGUGUGUCUGAGAGGCGAGAAUGAUGAGUGUCGGAGAUUUUUCAGGGUGGAGGAAAUGAAUUGGAGACAAUGGAAGUCAGACCUUGGUGUAAUCCGAGAGGAAGACCCCGGGAAUCAAAUGAUGAAGCCACAGCCCAACGACCAGACUCUCGGGUACCGGUGGAACCUAAAUCCACUCCUGGAGAGGAUUCGUUCCGGACGUCGCCCACCACAGCAUUCCAGCGUUCCCAGGGUUUAAAAUUUGAACAUUCACAUUCAGGUUGCAUGUGGACAUCAGCAGCCACAACGGCCUAUCCUCUAUUUU